UUUUUCUUUUUAGAUCAUGUACGCGAAUUCAGUUGUGGCAAGCUGUACUAUCGGACUUUUCAUUUGGAUGAGGAAAGAGACUCUUUAUAUGUUGGUUCGAUGGACCGCAUAUUUCGCUUAAGCUUAAAAAAUAUAUCAUCAUCAACAUGUGACCGCGAUGUUAUUAACUUGGAACCAACUAGAGAUGAUGUUGUAAGCUGCGUAUCAAAGGGCAAAAGUCAGGUUUUCGAUUGUAAAAACCACAUACGUGUCAUACAGAGGAUGCAAGGCAACAGGCUUUAUGUGUGUGGUACAAAUGCUCACAAUCCCAAGGAUUAUGUCAUUUAUUCAAACUUAACCCAUUUGCCUCGCUCUGAAUAUGUGAUGGGUAUUGGUUUGGGCAUUGCUAAAUGUCCUUAUGAUCCACUAGACAACUCCACAGCCAUUUAUGUUGAAGAAGGUAACCCCGGUGGUUUGCCCGGCUUGUAUUCCGGUACAAAUGCUGAAUUCACUAAAGCGGAUACUGUCAUCUUUCGUACGGAUUUGUAUAAUGUUACAGCUAAACGUUUGGAGUAUAAAUUCAAGCGUACUCUUAAAUAUGAUUCUAAAUGGUUGGACAAACCAAACUUUGUGGGCGCUUUUGAUAUUGGCGAAUAUGUUUAUUUCUUUUUCCGUGAAACCGCUGUGGAAUAUAUCAACUGUGGUAAAGCAGUGUAUUCGCGUAUAGCUCGUGUCUGUAAAAAGGAUGUGGGUGGUAAAAAUCUUUUGGCUCACAAUUGGGCCACGUACUUGAAGGCUCGCUUGAAUUGUAGUAUUUCGGGUGAAUUUCCAUUUUACUUUAAUGAAAUACAAUCGGUUUAUCAAUUGCCUACGGAUAAGACACGUUUCUAUGCUACAUUUACCACCAGUACAAAUGGUUUAAUUGGUUCGGCUGUUUGCAGUUUUCAUAUCAAUGAGGCUUUGGCUGCUUUUAAUGGCAAAUUUAAAGAGCAGUCCUCUUCCAAUUCCGCCUGGUUGCCAGUAUUAAAUUCUCGUGUUCCUGAUCCUCGUCCUGGCACCUGUGUCAAUGACACUUCUAAUUUACCUGAUACCGUUUUGAAUUUUAUACGCUCUCAUCCUCUUAUGGAUCGUGCUGUCAAUCAUGAGCAUAACAAUCCUGUUUACUAUAAAAGAGAUUUAGUAUUUACCAAAUUAGUGGUGGACAAAAUUAAAAUCGAUAUUUUAAAUCAGGAAUAUACUGUUUACUAUGUGGGCACAAAUUUGGGACGCAUCUAUAAAAUUGUUCAAUAUUAUCGUAAUGGUGAAUCGUUGUCAAAGCUUUUGGAUAUCUUUGAUAUUGCACAAAAUGAACCCAUUCAGGUGAUGCAAAUCAGUCAGACACGUAAAUCCUUGUAUGUGGGAACAGAUCAUCGUGUCAAACAAAUCGAUUUGGCCAUGUGCAAUCGUCGUUAUGACAAUUGUUUCCGUUGUGUACGUGAUCCCUAUUGCGGCUGGGAUAAGGAAGCAAAUACAUGUCGUCCAUAUGAAUUGGAUUUAUUGCAGGAUGUUGGCAAUGAGACAAGUGACAUUUGUGAUUCAAGUGUUUUGAAAAAGAAAAUUGUUGUCACUUAUGGACAAAGUGUACAUUUAGGAUGUUUUGUUAAAAUACCCGAAGUCUUGAAAAAUGAACAAGUAACUUGGUAUCAUCAUUCAAAGGAUAAGGGACGCUAUGAAAUCAAAUAUAAUCCUACGAAAUAUAUAGAAACUACCGAAAGAGGUCUAGUAGUUGUUUCGGUAAAUGAGGCAGAUGGUGGUCGUUAUGAUUGUCAUUUGGGUGGUUCUCUAUUGUGCAGUUAUAAUAUAACAGUAGAUGCUCAUAGAUGCACUCCUCCCAAUAAAAGUAAUGAUUAUCAGAAAAUCUAUUCGGAUUGGUGUCAUGAAUUUGAAAAAUAUAAAACUGCUAUGAAAUCCUGGGAAAAGAAACAAGCGCAAUGUUCAUCACGUCAGAAUUUCAGUCAACAGCAUCCCAAUGAAGUUUUUCGCAAAAAUACAGUCUGAUAUCAACAAGGACUCAAUACAAACGCACUAACGUCCAUUAAACUUUUUUAUUAAAACAAUAAAAUAUUUAAAACAAAUAAACAGUAAACAAUACAAAGCAAUAGUAAUAAACAAAAAAACAUAAAUAAUUAAAAAUAAAUAUUAAAACAAAAAAAUAAUAAAACAAAUUUUAAUAAUUGAAAUAAAAUAAAAAUUAAAAAAAAAAAAAAUAAACAAUUCAACUAAAGUUCCCGCAUAAUACAUGUUUUAAGCAGAGUAAAAAAAAAAACAAUUUUAAACGGCAUUUAUAUAAAUAAAUUGUAAGUUAAUAAUAACAAUAAAUAAAUAAAUUUAAUUAAGAAAAAAAAUUUAAAAAAAUAAACAUUAUUACAACUGUCUCU